UGUGGGAAGAAAGAUCAAUAACAGAGCGCGUGGGGUCCACUUUCCACUCUAGUCUCUGGAGGGCUGCCUGCGCAAGUCCUUCCUCUUUUCCCCAGUCAUUAAAGCAACGAGCGCGGUGGAGAGAGAGCGUCUCCAGCAUAGUCACAAGAGUUUAUUCUUUGCGCACACAAUUAUAUCGUUCUUGAAGAAACCAUGACAACCACAGAAGCGGGAGAGUGAGUUCAUAGUCGACGUUAGCAGGUUAGUAGACUGGGAUACGCCGAUCUAAGGAAGAGUUAUUUAAUGCCGGCUGAAAAGUUAUUUUUAAACUCAAGAAUGACAUCUCCGAAGACGCGCGCAGAACAGAACAUCCUGACAUAUCUGUGGGGAGUAUUGGUGAUAGCCUCGAGCUGCCACGGCGCGCGAGUUGUAAGUGGUCAGACGGUGUGUGAGGGGGGGGCAGAGCAGCCCUGCUACAAGAUCGCCUACUUCCGGGACGUGACGAGCCGUGUUGCAUUCCUGGAGGCUCGGCAAGCGUGCGAGAUGGAUGGAGGAUCACUGCUGAGCAUCGAGAGCCUUGCAGAACAGAAACACAUAGAGCACCUGCUGCAGGAGCUGUGUACCUCUUCUACAGGGGCCGGUAACAGCAUAGAGGAUGGUGACUUCUGGAUUGGUCUGACGCGGGUGGAUGGAGAGACCAACCAAGAACACAACGGCUUCACUUCCUGUCCAGACCUCUACCGCUGGACAGAUGGAAGCGUCUCCCAGUUUAGGAACUGGUACUUUGAUGAGCCGUCAUGCGGCGGGGAGGCGUGUGUGGUCAUGUACCACCAGCCCACGGCACUCCAGGGUCUGGGCGGAGCUUACCUGUUCCAAUGGAACGAUGACAGAUGCAACAUGAAGCACAACUUCAUCUGCAAGUACGAGCCAGAGAGCCACCUGGUAAAGGAGCAGGGAGACCGGCCUGGGCUUCGUGACCCAGAGAUUUCCUCUGACCACACAGAGGGGGUGAAACAGCCGGUUCCCAGCGAAGACAACACCCCUCAGGUGGUUCUGGCCGGGCCCACAGGUAUGCUGCUGGUGUAUGUGAUCAUUCCCACCAUCCCACUCCUGCUCCUCAUCCUGGUGGCAACUGGGACUUGCUGUUUCCAGAUGUUCAGCAAGAGUCAACCUCGGACCAAAACAAGCGUGGACCAAUCAACCCUAUGGAUCUCCAAGUCUGCCAAAUCAGAUAGCAUAGAAGUAUGAGGCAGAAGAGACAUCACACCAUAUGAGACACCACAGAACACACCGAAAGAUCAUACUCAUCAAUUCUCUCCAAUACUCUCCAAUAUUAUCCCCUUCUCUUUCUAUGUCUGUGUCUUCUUUUUCCUGCCUCUGCUCUUUAUCAGUGUCUAUGCGUGUCAGACCUAGCAUGAGUUCUGUGUGUGUGUGUGUGUGGUUGGAUAGUUAAUAGUCACAGUUAAUUGGCAGCAAGUAGAGCUGAGGUAAUUAAGUUUUGAUUAAGAGAGGGAGAGAGAGUGAGCAAGAAGAAGCUAACAGAGAGGCAAAGAUGGAGGAGAGACAGAUAGAGAGGGGCUUAUUGGGGGACCCAGAUAAACCAAGGCUUUUAACUGGUCCUCCUGAGAAACAGAACCAGGUCAGAACCACUUAACUCCAACACCUGGGGGCAGGUUUACUACUAAUGAACUGCACACUCUGGGGAGACAUGGGGGAGUGGAAAGGAGAAGAACAUUUUAGAUUAAAUAGAGAAAUAAAAAUAGAUAAAAAAUAAGGGGUUGAGUGAAGGGGAUAUGAAGAGAAAGAAAAGCAAAGAAGAGAGAGAGAGGAUGCUAUUGGAUGAGAUGAGUGCAGUAUGUUUUUAAGGGAACCAGCAUUUCCUGGCAACCCAUCUGGUAGUUUCUACAGCCACUGUGUAGUACUGUAUGUGCAGUGUGGUGCAUGUUAGUGUGGUCUGCUAGUUCACCUUGGUCUCUGCUUUGUGAUGUCGUUUACAGUGUGUUGCAUAAAUAUGAAAGAGGUUACCAACAUGCAUAACCCUGGCAUCUACAGUUUAUAUUCCUGUCAUUAUUGUUUUAUUUGUUAUGGAAUAUUUAACUUACUGUACUGUACAUGGGUUGCCACAGCAGCUGGAUUUAAAUCAGUUGAAGGUAUUUGUAAAAGUUGGUACAUAAAUGUGUGUAUGUGUCAGAUCGAGGCUGUUCUAUCAAGCAGGUACAAAGGCUGUGUAGUGCUUGAGACAGGGUGAGACUUACAGUGUAGUGUGUGUGUGUGUGUGUGUGUG